CCUUUCAUCGUUUCUCUGUUUUUAAGAAAAUCUCACGCAUCAUCCAUUCUCACUCCCACUAUACCCCUAUUUUUCCCCCCGAACUGUAGUUGUUUUUUUGCGGCCAGUUGCAUGCAUUUAUCGUCUCCCAAAAUGGUUUGCGAGACUAAAAUUGUUGCGGACGAACACGAUGCUAUACCUGGGACCAAAAAAGAGUCAAUCAUGUGGGGCUCUCCUUCGUCCAGCGCGGCUCUGAACCCCGCCGAGACUAAGGAGGAUGUGAGGAAAGAUGCGGUUUUUAUCCGCGAGUUCGAGCGCGGGGAUCAAGAGGAGGUGCGGCGCAUCUUUUACGAGGGUAUUAUGGAGAGGAUACCCAACACGGCGUUUAGGGGGCUCAGGCAGCAGCCCAAGACUCAGUUUUUGUAUGCUCUUUUGACAGUAAUGUGCUUUUUCGUGACCAAAUCCGUCACGCUGACCUGCUGUGCACCCCUCAUUCUAAUGGGUGCACGCUACUACUACAGCAGGAAAGUUAUCCAGAGUUAUCUGGACUGUGCUCUGCAAACGGACAUGGCUGACAUAGAGGCUUAUUACAUGACACCCACAGGCUCCUGUUUCUGGGUGGCAGUGCUUGAUGGACGUGUGGUUGGGAUCGUGGCUGCGCAAGGCCGUGAGGAUGAAAACACGGUUGAGCUGCGGCGCAUGUCGGUGGACUCCCACUACCGUGGCAAAGGCAUCGCAAAGGCACUGGGUCGUCGUGUUCUGGAGUUCGCCGUGCGCAACAACUACGCCGCUGUGGUCCUCGGCACGACGGCUGUCAAGCUGGCCGCCCACAAGCUGUACGAGUCGCUGGGCUUCCGCCAAACGGGCCAGAGCGAGGACUACAGGCUCCCUGGGAUGAACCGCUCGCCGCUGCAGAGGCUCUUCUUCCAGAUCCGCUACAGCCGCUACCGCUUGCAGCUCCGUGAGGAGUGAGAGGUGACAGGGAGAGAGAGAUGGAGAGGGGGAGAUGGAGAAAGCGAGGGACAGAGAGAGAGAGCAACGACCCUCCUUCACCUGAGAGCCCCGACCGCAUCCUCUCCUCUGACAGCUUUUAUUUAUUUUGUGUCAUUAGAGAUAACUCCGAGUACAACUUAACACUUCUACUAU